AUGAUGGAUCAGGACGCGUACCUCGCCGGUGAGAACAGCGAUAGUAGCGAACGCGGCAGACACGAGGAGGAGGAGGAGGAGAUCGACUCGCACAUGGAUGUGUACAACAUCCAACUGUCACGACUGCUCGACGACUUGGAGAAGGAAAGAGAGGGCAGGCCGAGCAAGGACGUGUAUGUGGGAGGACGGGACGAGGACGGGCUCCCGCAUGGGCAAGGCUGCAUUCUGUACUGCGACACCAUGAUCCGAUAUGAAGGAGAGUGGAAGAAUGGCGUACCUGAAGCGGACGUCAACCGAGCGACAGGCCGAGGGAGGAUACGAUGGAGGAACGGGUCGAGGUUCGAGGGGCAAGUAGCAGAGGGGAAGCCUUUCAGCGGUGUGCUGAGGAAACAAGACGGGUCGAUGGUUAUCUUCGAGGAGGGCAGCAUCUCGCAGAGGAAAGGUGCCUGA